UAUACAGAUAUAGUGAGACGGAGACGGAGAGGAGAGAGAGAGAGAGAGAGAGAGAAAGGAAGUUGAAAUAAUGGCUUUCUCAACAAUUGUAUCGUCAUCUUCCCAUCUCUACCUUCCAAAGAGACGGCCAAUUCUACAAAGAACAAGUCGCUGUUGUUCUACUUCGGUUUCGCCAUCAGUUUCGAUCCAGUUUGAUCUCAAAACUUACUGGAUGACUCUAAUUGCAGAGAUCAACCAGAAGCUCGACGAAGCCAUUCCUAUUCAGUACCCUCAACAGAUCUAUGAGGCCAUGCGCUACUCUGUUCUGGCUAAAGGAGCCAAGAGAGCCCCACCGGUCAUGUGCGUCGCUGCCUGCGAGCUCUUUGGCGGCAACCGCCUCGCCGCCUUCCCCACCGCCUGUGCCCUCGAAAUGGUUCAUGCGGCUUCACUGAUACAUGAUGACUUGCCAUGCAUGGACAAUGAUCCAUUCCGGCGAGGCCAACCUUCGAACCACACAAUCUUUGGUGUUGACAUGGCAAUCCUUGCUGGCGAUGCUUUAUUUCCACUUGGCUUCCAGCAUAUUGUCUCCCACACCCCUUCAAACCUUGUCCCUGAACUCCAACUUCUACGUGUUAUUGCUGAGAUUGCCCGAGCUGUGGGGUCUACUGGCAUGGCUGCUGGCCAGUUUGUCGACCUCGAGGGUGGACCCAAUGCUGUUGAAUUCGUCCAAGAAAAGAAAUAUGGUGAAAUGGGCGAAUGUUCUGCUGUCUGCGGAGGGCUAUUAGCUGAUGCCACAGACGGUGAGAUUCAAAGGCUGAGAAGGUAUGGAAGGGCGGUUGGGGUAUUGUAUCAAGUGGUUGAUGAUGUAUUGGAAGCAAAAACAAAGACCGAUAACAAAGAGGAGGAGAAGAGAAAAAAGGGUAAGAGCUAUGUGGAAAAGUAUGGUGUGGAAAAGGCAAUAGAGGUGGCUGAGGAUCUCAAAGCCAAGGCUAAGAAAGAGUUGGAUGGUUUUGAGAAUUAUGGUGAGAGAGUACUGCCUCUCUACAGUUUUGUAGAUUAUGCUGCUGGUAGAGGUUUUAGCGUUGCUGACGCUUAAUUGAUGAAUUUUGCUGUUCCAUUGUGAUUUUGUGCACUUUCAAAUUUCAGCUCCUAAAGUAAGCAUGUUACCCGGUUUCCUGACUACUAAAUUUUGCAAGGCAAUGCCAAGCCUCGGACCAGUGGCAUAGCCCCAUUCCCUCCAAGUUAAACAAUUUUUUUUUUAAUACUUCAAAAGUAAAGCAAAUUCUCGAUUUUGGUUUUAUCCCCAUAAUCACAAUGAAUCAGGACUUCCAUCUAUUGGUUUACAUUUCAAAGAAGUAUUGUGUUU